AUGAGUCUGCAACAGAUCUCCUGGAAGGGUACUGAAAAUUCCGCUGUAAUUAUGCCAUUUGUAUUAGCGGUAAUGACUAGCAUUAGAUGGAAGGGAUGUAGCGUUGCUUGUGGAUCCAGAGCGAUGAGGAUGUGGGAAAGAUUUUAUCUAGCUGCUGGAGGUGGGAGUCCCGGCCUCCGGGCAGGUCAAAUAGUCAUCCCAGUUAAUCUUCUCAGAUUUGCCUCAGUUGCUCGCGGUAGCGGGAGGCCUAUAAUUGGCCGAGAGAACUCUCCUCCCCUCUCGCCAUGCCAAGUCAUCUUAGCGUAG